AUGACGAAGAGCUCCGCAUUCACCGCACCGCACGUCGAUCAUAAGUGGGACAGCGAUGAACAUACGGCGGUCGAAUGCGAUUCAUGGGACAGUGAUGAGGAAACGGUCGACGGAGAUUAUGAUGAUCAGGAUGGCGAGAAGUAUCUUGACGAUGAUGGCACUGACAGCUCUAUAGCCGCUCUUACGACACUGAAAGCCGAAUACGAGGCAGAAAUCGAGGAGCUCGCCAAGGAGAUCCGGGAGAUACGGGCAGCCAACCCUAAUCCCGUCUACAAUUGCACCGUACUCAAUUGCUUGGAUGAGGAUGAGACUUGGCGAAACAGAGAAAUCACAAGGCUGAAAAGCCUGAUACCGGACACUCAGCUACAGUGGAGGAAACUCCAGUACGAGGGAGCACAGGCUGGGUGGGACGGUGAUGUCGAUCAAUUCAAACUCCUACGCGGCGACCCGGUCAGCAAUUUUCUCCUGAGUGUCUCGAGCUACAAUAGGGGAGAGACCAACAUCUCGAAGUCGGACAGGUCGAGGGGAGACACAUACAUCAGAUCACUCUUUGGCAACCUGGUUAGCGAAUGGAACAAGAUCAGAUCAGACUACGAAGAAGUGCGAACACAGCUCGAGAAGGCGCACUCGACUUAUCAAGAACUUCGAAGCGUGCUAGGCAUGGAGCCCAAGGUCCCGACAAUCCCGACCAUUGGGCCGCCGCUCGACACUCUAUCCGCUGUGUACGAGAAACACAACGAGCAGGACAUUUGGAAUUGGUUCAUCAAUAUUGACCGCAUGGUCGCCUUGAGGCAGGGCGCCUCUACCAUGCUGUCACAAAUUGAAUGGGAGAAUCGGACUAUGACUGCUGAACUGGAAGCGCUCAGUGGCGCACAAGACGCAGAGGAGGAGCGAGAGCCGUGGUGUAAAGAUGCGAGGGGACCCAUGAGUGUGAGACAGAAACAAUGGGGGCUCGCUAAGCUCGGCUGCCAGGGCAAUCUUGGCGGGGAAAAGUUCCUUCCCGACGAAAGCAUUGUGGACAAGUUCUUGAGCGAAGUUGGGAUCACGUGGGACAAUCGCGCGGGUCACGAGAACCCCGAAGAGAGGACCGAGGCGCUCUUCGAAGCCUUGCGGAGGGAGGAGAGUGCCCUGAAGAAGGAAGCUCGUAUCCUGAAGUCUGAUCUCAAUGUUGAGCUGGAACAACGGCAAUGGUUGCUGGAGGAGUUGGGCCUCACAGAAGAUGAUGAUGGUCGCCUGAACAAUUGCGAUGAGAUCGAAGCCGAGACACUGAGUCUGAGCACGACAACACUGGACUGCAUUCAAGCCACUCUUUCCUCGGCAUACACGAAGGGGACGGCAUACAAAGAGGGGGCGCCCGAGUAUAUUUACUUUGAGGCUCUAGACUCCGUCGAGGGUGUCGUGACAUCUCUGCCCUCGGCUAUCGACGAUAUCGCAAAGAAGAAUCGACUUCUGAUGGAUCUCCGGGAUGACGAGCUGCAGGGGGAGUAUAAGGCGCUAGAGGAGGAGAGGAAGAUGAGAAGGAACUCCCUUGCUUCUACCGCAGAUACCAUCAUGGAGGAGAUGCGAGCGAAGACACGGGCGGACGAGGAGCGAGCGAGAAGUUGGUGGCCUCAUUGGCAGCAGUAA